AUGCUGCACCAGAAACAAAUUAUAGAGGCUCUUGAGAAUAAGAGAGAAGAGGGACAGCUACCUAGUCAGCCCAUAGAAAAUUCAGGGAACCGCCCAACAGUAGGAUUUCAGCAAGGGGAGUCUAGUAGCAUGAAUCUAGGAAAAAACCCACGAAAUGAAAAUGUUAGGACAGUGAAUGCAUUAAGGAGUGGUAAGAUCUUACUUGAUCCUUAUCUCCAAACAUUAGAAGAAAAAGAAAAUGUGGACAAACCAAAAUAAAAUCAAAUAGGAGUGGAAGAGGAUUUUAUAGAUUCUACCAAGGAAAUUUUGAAAGAGAGGACGACCAUUCCAUUUCCUAGAGCUCUAGAGCCUAGACAAAGAAAGAAAAAGGAACACAAUGAAGAAAUAAAGAAAAUUUUACAAGAUGUGCAAAUUAGUUUUCCUUUACUCACUGCCAUUGAACAUAUUCCUGAAUAUGUUAGAGUUUUGAAAGAAAUGUGUACACCAAAAAGGGCACCUAGAGUAGAAAAAUUAUCUAUGCAUGCUAGUGCAUUAUUAUUAAAUCAAUUACCAUAUAAAUUGAGAGAUACAGGUGUCCCUUUAAUUUCGUGUGAUAUUGAUGGAUUCAUUUUUUAGAAUGCAUUACUUGACACCGAUGCUAGUAUUAAUUUAUUACCUGCAAGUAUUUGUGAUAAAUUUAAUAUUUCUGAUCUUAAACCUUCUACUGUUACCUUACAAUUUGCUGAUAGAUCCAUAAAACAUCCUAAAGGUAUUUUAGAAAAUGUGAUAGUGAUAGUUAAAGGGUGUAAAUUUCCAGCUGAUUUUGUAGUGCUGGAAAUGGAUCUUAAUGGAUAG